AUGAAGAUAUGCAAUGGUUGGGUGACUGAUCCAAAUACUGGGCACCAAUACUUGGUCGUCAGCAAUGAUCUUCAAAAGAGAGACUCCGCCCAAGCUAUAUGUGUUAAUCAAGAUGCCAACUUAGUCAGUAUAGGAGACUCGGCAGAGAUGGCCUUUAUAGAUGGACACGUGAGUAGUUUUUAUGACCAUCUCAUAGGACUCUACAUGGGAUCAAGCCUCUCGAACUUCUACUGGGUGGACGGGACAAUUGGCAACCCGGUACCCGGUCAGUCAUAUUAUUCAGACUGGUCUGCUAUGGGCCCGAAUGAGCCUGGCACCUGUGCAAGCGUUGUGUUAAGCGGUGGAUAUUGGAAGGAUCGCGGUUGUUCAACUGCCUAUCGAUACAUCUGUGAAAAGGUUACUAAGGAGCCUACAACAAUACCAACAACAAAACCUACUACUGUACCCACAACUGAACCUACAACAAUACCCACCACAGUACCCACAACUGAACCUACAACGGAGCCUACUACAAUACCCACAACUGAACCCACAACGGAGCCUACAACAAUACCCACAACAGAACCUACAACGGAGCCUACUACAAUACCCACAACAGAACCUACAACGGAGCCUACUACAAUUCCCACAACAGAACCUACAACGGAGCCUACUACAACACCCACAACAGAACCUACAACGGAGCCUACUACAAUUCCCACAACUGUGGUGGCCACAACGGAGCCUACUACAACACCCACAACUGAACCCACAACGGAGCCUACUACAAUACCCACAACAGAACCUACAACGGAGCCUACUACAAUUCCCACAACUGAACCCACAACGGAGCCUACUACAACACCCACAACUGAACCCACAACGGAGCCUACUACAACACCCACAACUGAACCCACAACGGAGCAUACUACAAUACCCACAACGGAACCUACAACAAUACCCACCACAGUCCCAACAACUGAACCCACAACAGAGCCUACAACGGAGCCUACUACAAUUCCCACUACUGAGCGUACUACAGUAUUUACAACGCAGUUUACUACAAUACGCACAACUGAAUUUACUAAAAUACCCACAAGUGAACCUACUUCCUCGCUAUCCUCAAAUCAAACACUAAAGAGCCCAACAUCAGAGUUCACAGCAAUUUUAAUAAAUGGAUCAACAGAGACCACAACGCAACAUGUAAAUUCUACAAACGCUUCAUUUACAUCAACCGGUACAUUAGGACAGGCAAUUGUAGCAAUAAAGACGACAGCCAAAGUGACAGAACACAAAAAAUUACUGUUUGACGUGUUCGAACCUGAUGAAAGAGUGUCAGCAAAGGCCUUGGGUUUUACGUCAUCAGGUUUUGUAAUGCUGUUUUUCCUGAUUAUAUUUAUUUUGGACCUUCCAGCCCUUAAACAAGGUCUUUGCCUCAUGAAGCGUAAUCUCUUAGGAGAGAAUUUUAACCCAUUCAAACGGUUUUCUGGGCGUCAGAGACUUUUAGAGGAACGGGUAAGACGUGAUGUUCCAGUUCGACUAGUUCGAGUGGUCCAUAAACCAUGAUAUUGAUCGAUUUCUUAGGCACUUUAUCAAUGAAAAAUAUAAAAAACGUGCGAAAAAGACAUGCACUUCUUGGCCAUUGUUGUUGGCCCCAGUUAUAAAUUUUGUUUAGAAAUGCUACAUUCUUUUGGAGGCAAUUUUUAUCAAACCACCGGUGUUAUAAAAACAUAAUCGUUAUCGUGGGGCGUAAAAGUCAAUAUCUAAGCAUUUGGCGUUUUAAGCCCUUUCGAAGCCCUAUACUAGUGAAGUCGUUGUGAAACUUGAUUUUGCUAUCUGAGAUCAAGGCCAACGUUUAAUGGUCAAGGUAUUCUACGGUCAAAUCUCAAUAUAAAGGUGUUUGGUGUAUUAAGACUUAUUUGAGACUGAUGUGUCCAUUGGCGGCCUAUGAUAAGGUGAAAUAUGGUCAAGGUCAACUUUUAUGGUUUAGCAAUGAAUGAAUGAUGAAUUUGUGGAUAAAUUUUUAAAUCAAAGAAAAAAUGAAAAUAAGCCGUAAAACCAAAUUUGACGUAUAAUUUCUGAAGGGCUACUUGGCAAAAAAAGUUGAAAUCAGAGAGAUCUGUGUAUUUGAAAUCGAAGUAUAGGAUAAAUCAGUUACUUAAUGUUCGGUUUUGGAUACUAUUAGGAAUAUCCUAUGGUUUUGAAAAAAUAUCAUUU